AUGAGAUUUUGCUACCUCCCAAAAUUUCUAGUCAUCACGUUCUCGAUCCUCGUCAUAAUGGGCAGUCUUAUUUAUGGAAUGAUACUUGGUGCCAUCACUGGAUAUUACCAGAUGGCGGUUGCUGGGAUCUACGUCAUUGCUGGUCUUAUUGGUAUCUUUUCAGGACUUCUUCGGGGCCGCCUGACUUCUGCUUUAUCUUACAAGAAGUACCUCCUGUCUUUUGUCGUUGCUUGGAUGGUUAGUAUUGCAUUAAACAUCAUGGGAAUUGUUAAACCAACACAGAUCUCCACCUUUGAUAAAGAGUAUGAAUUUGGUGGAAUAAAGUUAAGUCCAACCUUUUGGUGGUAUGUAGGUGGACUUGUUUUUUGUCUUCUUUUCUGUACCCCAUGUUUGAUAUGCACAUUGUUCAAUUGUGUCACUGUUGGAAACUACUUGGACUACAAAAACGACCGGAAGAAAAAGAAGGCUUCAAAGAAGGAAUUGAAAAAGAAAAUGAAGCCAGUUGUUCAACCUGUUGCCGUCCGACCAGGGCUUGAACAAGAGACUGAACUUGGAGAAACUAAAAAUAGAAAAGAGACAAAAAAAGAGAUUGACGGAACGAAAGCAGAGAAUUUUGCCUCAAAAAAUGAGAAGAGCAAAAAUAAUGGAAAGAAACCACAGAAAAAGGAAAAGACCAAAAAACCAGAAGAAGUCGAAAUGGAAGACCAGAGCAAUGAUAAGAAUGAUAGCAACGAGAAAGGAAAAGACAUUGAGAAAACCAAGAAGUCAAACUCCCCAAGCAGCAUCGAGGACUUCAGCGAUGUUCUCGAACAUCAUGUCAAUUGA